AUUGAUUCGGUUUCUGGGGGCGUUGAGCUCAAAUGGGUGUUGUUUGUUUCGUGGUGUGAGUUCGGUUUAGGGUUUAGAUUUGAGGUUUUUGUUUCUCAUUGGGUCUGGGGUAAUGUGCUUGAGGCUAGUACGUUAAUACAACUUAGGCGUUUUGAUUAUUGUUUUUCGUUGGAGUGUAUGUGUUUGGUUAUAUGAUAAAUUAAGAUGAUCUCACUUAAUUUUGAGAAUGUGGGUUGCUUUGUUGUCGUUUACUAUGUUGCCUUCUCUCUUAGUUAUAUUCUGUCUCUCUUAGUUUCUCACAAGUUUCUCUCGCGGGGGAGUGGACACUAGUUAUUUUAUUUUUUUAACUUUUUUUUUAUUCAUGAUUAGUCAAAACCAAUUUCCGUCUGUGUUAUGUGUCUGCAUCAUUAACCAUUCCUUUUCUUGCAUUCAGUAUUGUAUGGAACACUGUUUAUAGAUUAUAUGUACAUUAUGUGUUACUUGUUUCUAUUAGUUUUUCAAGUGGUCAUAAAAUUGAAAAUUAAUGAUCAUGGUCAGUUAAUGAAGCAUAAACAAGUCUUGGAUUAGCAACUAGUUUAACUAUGUUGAAUUGUUGAUACCUCCAACUUGGUCAAAUUAAGAGGCUCUUAAGGACCGCUUCUAGUGUUCAAAUCCCCUCAGCUUUAUUCUAGCUAGUAGUUGUCUGCUAAGGUAGGCUCCAUCUUCUAAUACUUCUCCCUGCCUUGCCUGCCUUGUCUCAUCUCAUUGUGCCUACAUGUCCUACAAAAAUAAUGUAUGAAUAUUGAUUGUAUGCACCUACAGAAAUUAUAUGGCUCAUAUCUCUUUUACACCUCUCUGUGGUAAUGAAUAUCUUGAUAUGGUGAUCUUAAAGAUGUUAUGCCUAGCCUAGCUUGGUGUUUUUUUAUUAUUAAUACAUAUUUGAACUUUGAAGAUAUGGAUAAUGUUUCUUGAAAAGAACUCAUCCUGUUCUCAACAGCAAUAACCACAAAAUUACAAAAGCCCUUUCUCUCUAGAUGGCCUUGCAAACAGCUACUCCUCCAACAACUCCCAGUGCCCAAGUUGUUGGUAAUGCAUUUGUUGAGCAGUAUUACCAUAUUCUUCACCAUUCACCAGGUUCGGUCUAUCGGUUUUACCAGGACUCUAGUGUGAUAAGCCGUCCUGAUUCCAGUGGUGUGAUGACAUCAGUUACAACCAUGAAAGGCAUUAAUGAGAAGAUUCUUUCACUAAAUUUCAAGGAAUUUAAAGCAGAGAUAAAGACUGCAGAUGCUCAAAAAUCAUACAAGGAAGGAGUGACUGUGUUGGUGACUGGAUGCUUGACUGGCAAGGAUAACUUGAGAAGAAAAUUUGCACAGUCAUUCUUUCUUGCUCCACAAGACAAUGGCUAUUUUGUUCUGAAUGAUGUUUUUAGGUAUGUAGAAGACCAUGAACCAUCAGAACUGCCUCCAGUUACUGGAGAUGGUGAUUCAGCUGCUGUUACAGUAACACCAGAACUAGAACCCAGUCAUGUUGCUGAUUCUUGUGCACCAGAGCCCACAAAUUCUCAUGUGAACAAAGGUCAAACUGUUGCUGAGAAUGCUUAUGAGCUAUCUAAUAAUCAUGAGAGACAGAUACCUGUUGAGAAUGAAGGCAAUGUAGAAUCACAUUUUCAGUCAAAUGGUAAUGAUGAUUCUCAGGCCACAGAACUGGCUUCAUCAGCUCAAGACGAUGCUCCAAAGAAGUCUUAUGCAUCAAUUGUGAAAGUCCAAAAAGGGAGUUCAGUUCCAACUAAAGUCUAUGUGCCUACUAAUACACUAAAGUCUGGGCCUAACAAAACUGAGAGCAAGGUAGUUGAGUCAGUAGAAUCUACUGAAGUGCCUGAAGCAGCUUUGGAAAGUGUUAGCAACCCUGAAAGUAGUGAUGCUCAUGAGGAAGUUGAGGGUCACUCCAUAUACAUUCGAAAUUUGCCUUUAAAUGUGACGGUUGCUCAGUUGGAACUGGAGUUUAAGAAAUUUGGGCCCAUCAAGCCAGGAGGCAUCCAAGUCAGAAAUAAUAAGCAGCAGGGAUACUGUUUUGGCUUUGUUGAGUUCCUAUCUCUAAAUUCCAUGAAUAGUGCAAUUCAGGCUUCACCUGUUCCUAUUGGGGGGCGUCAAGCUGUAGUCGAGAUAAAGAGAACCACUACCCGAGUUGGCAGUGGCAUUAAUGGUACUGGAAGACCUAGGAUCCCACCUGGUAGGGGUGGGUUACGAAAUGACUCUUUCAGGGGUCGUGGGAAUUAUGUUGGGGGUCGGGGAUACGGUCGAAAUGAUUAUGUAAGCCGUGGCGGGUUUUCUGGUAGGGGUCGUGGUCAUGGAGAAGGUUAUCACCAAGGGAGAGGGAGAGGCGGCCGGUCAAGUGGACAAAAACAAAAUGCUGUUUCCAACUGAAAUACUGGAUGAUUUUUGGGAGGUUGUUCUGAGACCCCCCUUUUUGGGUCAGUUAUGAGCAUGGAAUUCAACCUUCUAAAGUUUCUCAUGUUUCUUUCACUGCAAUUUGCACAGUUGUAGUAUUUCUAGUUGUUAUUGCUAUGAUUUUAGUGGGUUGGUAGUGAUCACUGAUCAGGAAUAGGUAUAGUCUUUUCUUUUGAAAAAUUGAAACAUGCUAUGACUGGAAUUGGCAGUAGGUUAACCAUCAGUUCUCUUUUAUUUGUUGCUAUGGUGCAACAUUUUUAUAUCUAAGUUGAGAUUUUAAUUUUAAAAGGUUAUUAUUGGUUCCAUUUUUUUUA